AUGAACGAGCGCGAGGCGCUUCGACGCGCGGCCGUCAUGGAGGGCGAGCGACGGACCGCCGCGGAGGCUGCCGAGAUGCAGCGCGAGCGCGCGCGCGCCGCCGCGAGCGGCGCGGAGGCGGCCGCGGAGGCGGCGAGAGCUGCGGCGGCGGCGGCGGCGAGCGAGGAGGCGCGUCUCGUCGCCGCCGCGCACGCGGAGGAACGCGAGUGGUUGCAACGCGCGGUGCGCGUCGCGUGGGAAGAGGUCAUCACGCACCGGAAAAAGCUUGGGGGGGACCCGGGGAUGUCGGGCGCGGACAUGACGUUGUAUCAGCACCUCGCCGCGGUCGCGGGGCCGGAGUGCGCGUCGUAUUUGUUGCCGCCGGGUUUGAAGCCGGCCUGGUGCGACGACCCGGCGACGGCGGUGGCGGCGAAGACGAAGACGAAGACGAAGGCGAACGCGAAGAGCGGCGGACGCGCCGCGCUCCCCGCGCCGCCGCCGCCGCCGCCGCGAGAAGAGCACCGCGCGUUGAUCGCGUCCGAGUCGCAGGCGUCUUUGGGAGGGUUCGGGACGCUUCACGGCGGCGGCGGUGGCAGCGCGGGAAAAGAAGAACCGAUCGCGACGCGAAGCGUAAGCGAAACCGCGCCGACGCCGACGCCGACGAAGACGCGCAUUAGCGCGCCCAGAAAGCCGCCGCUUCGCGAGACGAUGGGCCCGAACGCGAUGAGCGCGAAGAAGAACGGAGGCGGCGGCGUCGGGAAGAAACAGAAACAGAAACAGAAACAGAAAAAAACGAAGCCGAAGCCGCAGCCGCGCCGGCACGAGAAGGUGUACGCCGGCGAGCUCGGGCACAUGCCGCUGUCGACGCGGCCGGACGUCGCGCCCGGCGGCGCCUGGGGCGGCGGGCCGGAGACGCGGCCGACGUCCUCGGUCUGGGUCCACCAAUCAGAGAAUGACAUGUCAUCAUCUUCAACCGCGCUCGUCGCGGUCGGUUCGCCGAUGACGAUCGAAGACGACGACGGCGUCCUCGUCGGCAGCAUGCGCAGGGAGCUCGUGAACCGGGCGCACUGGGCGGAGGCGCGGAGAGGAUUCGCCGGGUUCGACGCCGUCGCCGCGACGGCGGCGGAGUACGACGCCGCCGCGCGCGCGUCCUCCUCCGCGAUGGAUCUGGAUCUGGAUCUGGAUCUCUCGCGCCCGCUCGCGCCGGAACCGACGGAGUGUUGGGGGGGGGUCGUCCCGGGUGGUGCCGACGUGGGUGCCGACGUGGGUGCCGACGUGGGUGCCGACGUGGGUGCCGACGCCUCCGGCGGGCGCGAGCCGAAGCGCGCGUCGUCGCCGUCGCCGCGGCGAUUCAAAAAAGGAAAGUUCGCGAUCGACGACGAGCUCGAGGAGACGCUGGACCAUCAGAGAGACGAUCUGACGUUGUACCCGCGCGAGGUGACGUUCAAGCCGCCGCCGCGGCGGGGGGUCGAGGAGGAGGAGGAAGAGGAAGAGGAGGAGGAGGACUCUGGGGAUGAAUUCGCGAACGAACUCUUCGCGGACAGAACGGAGAAGAAGAAGAUGAAGACGACGAAGAGGAAGAAGACGACGAAGAAAAACCACGAUAAUACGCCCCUCGCGGCUUCGGUGAACGACAAGGAGAUGCGCGCGCUGUUCCGCGCGCUCGAUAAGUCCGGGGACGGGUUCGUCACGAUCCGCGAGCUCAUCAUCGCGCUUCGGAAGCGCCCGGAUCUCGCCGCCGCGUUGAGACUGCCGUCGUCCGUGAGCCAAGAGGACGGCUCCAGGGACCGCGUGGAGGCGUGGUUUCAGAGUUUGGACGUGGACGCGGACCGGGAGCUAUCGUACGCGGAGUUCUCGAAGCACGCGGGGCUUGCCAAUGGAGAGACGACGCGUGGCGACGAGGACGGGUACGACAGCGACGAUUGGCUGUCGAAGCCGGCGCCGAAGCGGUUGACGAUCGCCCCCGCCGCGGCCGCGGCGACGACGACGGCGACGGCGACGACGACAUCGAACGCCGCUUCGAGUGCCCCACACAGGGUCCCACCGAAACGGGAGAGCCCGCACCACGCGCGCGACGACGAUUCGGAUUCUGACGACGACGACGACGACUGGAUAUUCAGGAAGAAGUAA